AUGGGCCAGCAGCUGACUGUGUCGAGGGAUGUGAAGUUCCUCGAGUCCCUGUACUACAAGGAGUGGAAGCAGCAGCAGCAGAAACUUCCCUCCACACCCCUGAUCAUUGAGGCCGAUGAGGUGCAGCGGCCUUCAAGGCAGGUGGAAGUCUCCGUGUCGGGGGAGGAGAUCUCUGGGGUGACUGAGGAUGGGGGAGAACGUGAGGUGGUAGAGCAGCAGCAGCCGCAGCAGCAGCAGCAGCAGCAGCAGCAGCAGCAGCAGCAGCAGCAGCAGCAGCAGCAGCAGCAGCAGCAGCAAGGUGCUCCACAAGGUGCCGCACGUACGGCUGACCGUCCUAGGAGGGAUGUGCGCCCUCCGAACCGUCUUACGUACCCUAGCUUUGGGAAGCCAAAGGUGGGACAACACUGA